UAACACAGCUCCCACUCUAACACUGCAUAUUACUGUAUCACAGACUGUGAUUUUACUUUACGGUCUAAGUAGAUGAACGCCAUGCUUCCAGUUCGACUGUUGAGUUGAAAUUCUCACUUCAGUCUCACUACGGACGGCUGGAUAAGAUGACUGAUCUUGUUGCUGUUUGGGAGGUUGCCCUGAGUGAUGGAGUCCACAAGAUUGAGUUUGAGCACGGAACGACGUCUGGGAAAAGAGUUGUGUAUGUGGAUGGAAAGGAAAUAAUCCGGAGAGAUUGGAUGUUUAAACUGGUCGGGAAAGAAACGUUUCCAGUGGGAGCGUCUCAGACCAAAGCCACGAUUAAUAUCGAUGCAAUCAGUGGCUUUGCGUAUGAAUAUACACUGGAGAUAAAUGGGAAGAGCCUGAAGAAGUACAUGGAGAACCGUUCAAAGACCACCAAUACGUGGGUCCUCCACGUGGAUGGCGAGGACUGCAGGAUCGUGCUGGAGAAAGACACAAUGGACGUUUGGUGUAACGGCAAAAAGAUGGAAACCGCGGGCGAGUUUGUGGAGGACGGGACUGAGACCCAUUUUAGUAUCGGAGACCACGAGUGCUGCAUCAAAGCUGUGAGCAGUGGGAAGCGUAGAGAAGGCAUUAUCCAUACUCUUAUCAUGGACCAAAAGGAAAUUCCUGAGAGCACAGAGUAAAUCUGGACUUAUUUACGUCAGAAUUAAAGCACUUUACCCUCUUCCCUGAGUGUAUGCCCUGGUAGAAGUGUUUACACACAGUGGAUGGAUCUUGGGAGGGAAUCCUGCUGUGCCAUGGGGCUUCUCAGAGAGGAGGGUGUGAUGCCAACAGAAUGCUGUAAAUUCAUCGUUUUUAUUAUCUGUAAUAGCCUAGACACAUUCCAAAAGAAAGAUAUGUAUAUAUAUAUAUUUAAUAAUAAUAUUAUCGCGGAAAUGGUGAUGGGGGUGUUAAGUUGCAGCUGGACAUCUCAGGAGUAGAGAAAUUGGAGGCGGAGAGGGGAUGGAGGGUUACAGGAAGCGGAGGGUGGUAGGUUUACAGGAAACGGGCUGGGAAGGUGGUAGGUUUACAGGAAACGGAGGCUGGGAGCGUGGAGAGUUACAGAAAGCAGAGGCUGGUAGGAUUAGAGGAAGUGGAGAGGGUUGGAGGAAGCAGAGGCUGAGAGCGGGGAUUGUAGUAGGGUUAGAGAAAGCAGGAGGCUUUGAGUGAUUUAGAGUUAGAG